AUGGGUGACUUGGUAGGCCACCUGAUUCCUGGGGUGUUUUUGGUUUCCUUUGGACUCUAUUAUGCUUGGCUGGCUUCGUUGGCCAUCCUGAGGGGGCAGCGGCUCCUGGUUCCACCGCUUCCUCCCCGGGAUAAGAGGCUACGGGGCUGGCUCCAGCAGCUCCCCAUUGAGGGUUUGCUGAAGACUGCUGUCUCUAUCCCUGCCAUCCUGGGCUCUUUCUUCUUUCCAGUGGGCUCAAACAGGUUUGCCAUUAUAGACUGGGAAGACCCUGAGCAACAGUUCUUACAUCACAACACCUGGCAACACGUGACCAUAUACAUCUUCCUUUUCCUCAGUGGUAUGGUGGACGUAGUGAGUCGGAGCUGGCUGGCCAGGCAGCAGGUGAAGCUGGAGCAGGCUGCCCUGGCCUUGGCCUUCCAAGGAACUGCCAUGAUUUUCAUCUCCCACACUGAAGGCAAGGAUGUCCUAGAAGUCCGUAGCCACUUCUUGCUGGCAUUACCCAUCAUGUUGAUCGCUCUGGUGCUGACGAUUGAACUUUGGUUCCCUGACCAGCCUGUGCUUUGGGUGUUCAAGGCAUGGAUGCUUCUCCUGUUUGGCUCAUGGUGUGCCCACUUGGGGAGCAUACUCUAUCAUCCAAUUACUGGCCACCCCUGGAGGGCAGAUAAACCUGGAGAUAUCAUGUUUGUCACCACCUUCUUCUGUUGGCAUUUGAUCCUGGAUGCUCUGAUGAUAGCUGGUGUCUAUGGGCUCUGCAGCCUCUGGCAUCAUCGGUACCCACCUCAGCAGGGGUCAAAGAGGGUGGGGUACCAGCUGUGCCCCACAGAUUCCAUCACUGAGGACCUAAAGAAGCUGCUGCCUGAGAUGAAUCGGGCGGAUGGUAGGAUCUAG